CAGAAUGGAGUCAUUAAACCAAUCCGGGUGGGUGGGGACAAUCCCAGGGGAUUAUAACUCCUCCUCCUUUGGACUGGGAUUUUCAGGAAGUCCAGUUGGGAAUUACACUGGCAAUGUGUCCGAUCAAAGCAUGCCGUUUCAAGGGAGCAGCACGAUGGUUACUGCGGUCAUAUCAUUCACCGUGUUCAUCGUUGGACUCACUGGCAACACUUUGGCUAUCUACGUAGUUUUGCGCUAUUCUAAAAUGAAAACAGUUACAAACAUUUACAUUUUAAACUUGGCUGUGGCCGAUGAGCUGUAUAUUUUGGGCCUUCCGUUCCUUACGACGCAAAACGUACUUUCCUACUGGCCGUUUGGCUCAUUCCUGUGUCGCGUCGUCAUGACGGCAGACUCGUUAAAUCAAUUCACAAGCAUCUUCUGUUUGACAGUGAUGAGUAUUGAUCGCUAUUUAGCAGUAGUGCAUCCU